AUGGGAUGCACAACUGUUACUCGUGUGAGAGAUUGGCAAGGUGUUGAGUAUGGUUUCAAUUUCAGAGCUUAUGAAGAUAUUUUUCAAGGAGAGGCGUUAAACGCUUUGAGUGUUGAUGUUGCUGGAUCUGUGAUUUCUUGUGGAGAUCUUGAAAUCUUUGAUCGACCUCCAAAGGAGACUAAGAAGAUGAAUUUCGAUAUUGAAGAUUUGGAUGGUAAGGUUUUGCAGUGUACUGUGUGGAAUGAUUAUGCUCUGCAGAUUAAGGACUUCAUUUCUAAAGUCCCACCUCAUGAGCAUGUGAUAGUUGUUAUACAGCAUGGAAAGUGUAAGGAAUGGAAAGGUGAAUAUACUGUUCAAAGUGACAAGUUUGCAACACUAAUUUUUCUGAAUCAAGAAAUUGAUGAAGUUGAUGAGCUAAGGAGGAGGUAA